GUGAUGACAUUUAAUGACAAUCUGUCAAGUUGUAAAGUAGGGUUAAAGGUCUUUUAUGUUUUUUUAUUUAUUUUUUUAUCGCGUGACAUGAGUGUGUAUAUUUGUAAGAUUUGAUCAAAUGUAUGAAAUGUUGUUUACUGGUAGUAGUUUAUGUGUGUUACACUAAGUUCAUUUUUUUCUCAUCUGAAAUUAGCUAGCUUUGUCAUUAAACAUGUCACAUACAAGACUUAGUUAUAAACCAAAUGAAGAUAUUGAAAGAGAGCGCAAGAGGUGCACUUUUAAGUCGCUAGAACUAACUCAUCUUUUGGAUGGAGCUCCUGAAAAAACUCGUGAAAGACGAGAAAGAGAGAGAUUGUUCCUGUCGGACCCCGAGUUGAUGGAUGACGUUCCGGCCGAGUACUUGAGCCACAAAGAGAAGUACGAGCUGGGGGUGAAGAAGGCAUGCAAGCUGUUCAAGAAGGUGUCCCAGCUCCGGGAUCAGGGCGGGGAUGUGGAGAUUUUUACUCAGAUGCUGAGUGGCAUGCUGGGAAGCGCCAUCCUCAAAGACGGCAACCCGUUCGCUGUCCACUACGUGAUGUUCGUGCCGACCAUCAUGGGGCAAGGCACCCCGGAGCAGCAGGCUGUUUGGAUUGGCCGUGCGUGGAACUGCGAAAUCAUUGGCACCUAUGCGCAGACUGAGCUGGGACACGGGACUUUCAUCCGGGGCUUGGAAACCACCGCUCACUACGACCCGAAGCGAGAGGAGUUCAUCCUCAACAGCCCCACUCUGACAUCGUACAAGUGGUGGCCGGGUGGACUGGGCCAGACGGCGAACUACGCGGUGGUGGUGGCACAGUUGUACACCCAGGGCGUCCGGAGGGGCAUCCACCCGUUCAUCGUGCAGCUCCGAGACGAAGAAACUCACAAGCCAAUGCCAGGUAUAAAAAUAGGCGAGAUAGGCACCAAGCUGGGGAUGAACGCGACCAACAACGGCUACCUGGGCUUUGAAAACGUGCGGAUUCCUCGCGAGAACAUGCUCAUGAAGAACGCCCAGGUCCUUGAAGACGGGACGUACGUGAAGUCGCCCAGCGACAAGCUGACGUACGGCACGAUGGUGUUCGUGCGGGUGGUGAUCGUCCAGGACGUGGCCAGCUACCUCGCCAAGGCCGUCACGAUUGCCGUCCGCUACAGCGCCGUCCGACGCCAGUCCGAGCUGAAGCCGGGGGAGCCGGAACCCCAGAUCAUGGACUACCGCACGCAGCAGUACAAGCUGUUCCCGAACAUCGCGGCCUGCUUCGCCAUGCGGUUCGCCGCCCGCCGCCUCUGGAACAUCUACAACAACGUCACGUCUGACCUCGAGGAAGGCGACCUGGAUCGCUUGCCCGAGCUGCACGCCAUAUCGUGCUGCCUGAAGGCGGUGUGCUCGUCCGACGCGGCGACGGCCAUCGAGACGUGCCGCCUGGCGUGCGGGGGCCACGGCUACAUGACGUGCAGCAACCUGCCUGCCACGUACGGCCUCGUCACGGCCGCCUGCACCUACGAGGGGGAGAACACCGUGCUGCUGCUGCAGACGGCCAGGUUCCUGAUGAAGUCGUGGCAGCAGGCGGCGAGCGGCAUCAAGCUCACGCCGACGGUGGAGUACCUGCACCCGAGCCACCGCAGCUCCGGCGUGUGGGACCGCAGCGUGGAGGGCAUCAUCCGGGCCCACGAGGACGUGGCCGCCGGGAAGAUACGCCUGGCUGCCGGGAACAUGGCCAGCAGGAUCAAGUCCGGGACGUCCCCAGAGGACGCGUGGAACAUGACGUCCAUCGAGCUGGCUCAGUGCGCGGAGGCACAUUGUCGAUGCCUCCUUGCGAGCACGUUCCUAGACACGCUGAAGUCGCUGGAGAUAUCAGACUCGCUUCGCUCCGUCCUCACGCACCUCUGCGAGUUGUACGCGGUGUACUGGCUGCUCCAGAAGUCCGGGGACUUCCUCAGGUUCUCGGCCGUGACGGCGCAGGACAUCGACCACGCGCAGCGCUGGCUGGAGCAGCUGCUGGCGGCCGUGCGGCCCGACGCGGUCGGCGUCGUCGACGGCUUCGACAUCUGCGAUGAGGUGCUGUCGUCCGCGCUGGGCGUGUACGACGGCCGCGUGUACGAGCGCCUGUUCGAGGAGGCCGCCAAGAGCCCGCUGAACAAGGACCCCGUCAACCAGUCCUUCCACCAGUACCUCAAACCCUUCCUCAAGUCCAACAUGUGAGCCUCCAGUAUUACAGCACGCGUGGGUAGAAGCAUAUACAUAGUGGGUUCAUCGUGCGAUUACGUUAGGUUGUGUCGAAAAAUAAUUAAGAUUUUUUUUUUUUCAAACCUUUAUAAUGCAGAUAGUUGCCUCCUAUUACUGUAAUAAAAACAGUGUAAAAAUAAAAUAAUAAUCAUGUGAUAUCUUCCGGUCGCACGUCGUAAACUGUUUACAGAAGUGAACUUUUUUUUUUUUUAAUUUUUCAAUGUUACAUAAAAUUCUACGAUUGACAUGCUUGAGCUCAAUUUGCUUAUUUCAAUGGUUCAGUUAAGUGAAAUCAAUGAAAAAUAAUUAAUAUUUUUUAACAUUUUCCAGUCGUGCAAACUGUUCGUAAAGAGGAAAUUUUCCAAAUGUUUGUAAAUUUCAUUCUGCUAAUCACCUUAACUAGUGUUUUAUGUAGCAUAAAAAUAGUAUUUUCUAUCUAAUUUAGUUUUCUUAUUAUAGGAGGCAAUGUUUCCACACUAUUGGUGGUAGAAAACAAACUUUAAUUUUUUUCCCCACCCACUCUAACGUACAGGACUGUAGUAGUGGCCUUACUAAUUAUAUUCCAACUAUACACAACUUAAAUCUUGCCGAUUAAAUGUGAUACAGCCUAGCAGAGAUAGUGAUGGGAAAAUUAGCUUCUUAGCAGUUUAUUCAGCUUGUAGUCUUUUAAUUGAAAGUUAACAAAAAAUAUGAUUCAGAUAUUUGUUGACCAAAUAGUUUUUUUUCCCUUCGCUAUUGCUUAGCAAGUUGUGUGCACUAGCGAAAAACUCAAUUUUUACUGGGGGUUUUCAUUCAAGUAUAAUUUUUCUUCCAUUCCACCUCCUCCCUGCUAUCCUGCAGGAGUUAUUUUAUACAUUUUAACUACUUAAUUUGUAUAGCAUUCAUACAUUGGAGUGAUAUUAACACCUUUUGUACAUUUUACACCUAGACUUUUGUACCUCUACAACCUACUACAUAUUUGUGUGUAGAAGUUGUAAAAAUAGAACCCACGCAAACAUAGCUACAAUUUUUAUAACUUUGCCUCUGUUUUCCGAUACAUCAUUAUUAUGAAUCACUUGAUCAUUGUGUUCAUAUUCAGAGAACUACCUAAAGUUAAAUGUUUCAAGAAGUGUUAGGGGGGUAAGAUUGAUGUACUUUCUUUGGUAAUACAUAAUUACUUCUACAGACAGAGCAAAGAAUUGUGAACUAUUUUAUGAAUAAAGUGUGUCAAAACUGUCAAAAAAGCUGGCUUUUUAAAACAGUUUGACCUUCUAGUAAAAUAUCAGGAAAUAAUGUGAAUUUCUGAAAUUCUUACUUAUAUAUUGGUUUACAAUUUAAAAAAAAAUACUGUAUCUUAGCUUUUAAUAAAUUUUAUUAAAGUUACAUAAUGAUGAGCUACCUAUUAUAAUUGCCUGAAUAUUCUAUUAUAAUUUUUUUUUAGUUAUAUAGCACUUUAAUUUUGAGAGAAUUAAGAAUGUAGUAUUUACAUGAAUUCAGUUAAUUGUAGAAAUAAAUUAAUUUGGCUAGUAUCAGUUUUAUUUUUAGAAGGUUAUUUUUAUAUACUGUUGUAUUAGAAUGAGGUCUAUGAAGGACAAUGAUUAAUUAAGAGUAAAACUAGGGUGCUAGAUUUUUUAAGUAAUGUCUGUUCGAUAUAAUUGGUUUCCUAUUGACCACAUAUGUGUUGGUUUAAGGGGUAAUAUAGAAAAUAUUUUUGUACUAUUUAAUAACUGCUUGGUCAAGAAUAUAGUAUUAUUGUGCAUUUAUUAAUGUUUAAUAGUUGAUGUUGAUCAUUUUAAAUUUUAUUUCAUUGUUUUUAUAUCAGGGGAAAUAUUUUUGUAAUCAGUAAUAAUAACCAUUGUAAUUGGUUUUUGAAUAUAACAAAGUAAAAUAGAGUAUUUGUUAACCCAACUUUUUUUUUAAUGCAUGAAUUAAGAUAUAAUAAAAAUGGUGAAGGGGAAAUUUUUAUUUAUCCAUCUUCCCGCUGUUGGUACCACUAUGAUGGUUUUGUUUGUGACAUGCAGUGUUUCAGAGCAUGACAUGGUAGGAUGAUUCCAGUCAAAAUUAUUUUGUAAAAAUUUUAAUAAAAAUUUUUAAUAAA